AUGGAUAUGGAGAUGGAGCUCGACGCCGCUCGCCACGGGUUCGCCAAGAUGGGCUUCGGGUGCAAGCACUAUAGGAGGCGGUGCAGGAUCCGGGCGCCCUGCUGCAACGACGUCUUCCACUGCCGCCAUUGCCACAACGACUCCACGAAAGACGGGCACGAGCUCGACCGCCACGCAGUUGAAUCGGUUAUAUGUCUCGUCUGUGACACCGAGCAGCCGGUCGCGCAGGUGUGCAGCAACUGCGGCGUGUGCAUGGGGGAGUACUUCUGCCGGGCGUGCAAAUUCUUCGACGACGAUGUCGACAAGGAGCAAUACCACUGCAAAGACUGCGGCAUCUGCAGAGUUGGAGGCAAGGACAACUUCUUUCACUGCCACAAGUGCGGAUCGUGCUACUCGGUGACCCUCCGGGAUAAGCAUGUCUGCAUCGAGGACUCGAUGAAGAACAACUGCCCGAUCUGCUACGAGUACCUGUUCGACUCCCUGAGGGAGGCGUCGGUGCUGCGAUGCGGCCACACCAUGCACUUGCAGUGCUUCCACGAGAUGCUCAAGCACGACAAGUUCACUUGCCCCAUGUGCUCCGUGUCCAUCUUUGACAUGGAGAAAUUCCUGAGGGCCUUAGAUGCCGAGAUUGAGGCGAAGUUCUUACACAUGGGAAAGGGAUGGAUCGUGUGCAACCACUGCUGGGACACGACCCGGGUGUAUCCGGGCAUGACGGGACAGAGAAAGUGUUGCCAUUGCCAGUCCUACAACACCUGCAGGGUUGCUCCAUCGGUGCUGCCGGCCUAG